CUCUUUGUCCGAUGACAGUCGCGUUUAAAAGCAACGUAGCGAGGUCAACGAUAGUCGAUAUGUGAGACGUCCUUGUGUAUAAGCUACUUGUAUACAGUGUAAACACGAGGUAGGACUGUUUGCUGUGGUGGUGGCGGUGGUGGUGGCUGUGGUGGAUGGUAUAUUGGGACUUUGACGCUUCUGACGACGAAAUGGCGUUUGGUAAGGUGAGCACAUGGCUAGUGUUCUAAUCGUCGGAUCAUUAACGCCACUUUCAGACGUUAAAGGGGACUCUGUCUUAUCGGCCUGAUAGCUUACUCGUUUCCUUGUGCCUGCGGUCUGUGUCGCGCUGCCUGACGUGGACCCUGCCCGUUGCGACGGUACAUACCAAUCGUCGAGCCCCCACCUUGCUACGUGGCCAUAGUCACUCAUUCAAUUAGCCGGACUGCUCUGCAUGUUCUCGUACAAUUCUUCUACAAAAUCGGAGUAAAUAGUCAUAUCACUGGUACAUGACAGCCAUGGCAUGGGUGUGGCCUGUGACUCCAGACCUCGAGAAACACCAGGGACAAAAGAGUGAGGCUUCAUUACUAGACCACGUCUACAACCUCAGCCUUACCACACGAGAUGCUCCAUUUGGAACAGACGACACACCCGUCCUCAAGGACAAAAUUAUUGGAGGCCGAUACGUGUCUGUCAUCGAAAGACCAACUGGGGAGACGAUACCACGCUAUGAAAAAUUAUCUUUAGUGUCUGAUAAACCAAACUAUGUAGAUCCCCAAGCACUUUCAGACUUUUACAGAAAAUACAACAAGCCUUAUCAGGACCCCUUCAUACAAAGCAAAUCAUCUGGCAGGCUAACAAAUUUAAUUUCAAAGCGGCCUGAUUCUAAAGACAUUUUCUUCCGCUACCCAACACUGCCUCCAAUCGAAGAAAAUCGCCUGCGCAAUAUGCAGAUUUUUCCACUGUGUUUGAGCCUGAGGCAUGGACAAAAGAAUUUCAUGAAAGCAACAAAGAAAAAUGAUUUACCAAGGAAACAGUACAGCCCUGCUGAGGAGAUUCAGGGCAAUGGUCGUGCAGGUGUAAAGGCUUUGUACAACCCUCGCGGGUCAGGGGCUUAUGGGGGCAGGCAGCCAGACCCUGUUGGCAACUCACCACGGCGAAAAUUUGACAAACAAAGGGAGGACCGUUUAUCUAGAGAGGAAUUCAAAGAGAAGCUGAUGAACAUGUUGCCGAAAAAUGUUUUUCUUCCAGAGCAGCCUCUUGUGCUGACAAAAGAGGAUGAGGUACAGUUGUUAGAAGUCUUAGCUGAAGAGAUGGCAGGUUACAGUCCCCUAAAACUAAGGGAUAUCUACCUUGACAUUGCCAACACAGCAGACAAACAGCUCAGUGGCUACUGCCAAUAUCAGGAUCUCUACUACUCCAUGUCUCGGCAAAUGUUCAACAUGCCAGCAGACCUUCUUCAAGUUACAGCUGCCAUGUUUGUCUCAUCAGACAGACCAACUGGAGAUGUGGAUUAUGAGAGGUUCCUCUCCUUCCUUGGCCUUGCUCUAAAACAUGCAGAGCAGAAAAAUGGCUUUCACAGCAGCAGGUUGAAAACACCUGUGGUGCAGCAAGUAGAGAACUAUUUCUCUGACUCUGAGCAAGCCAAGCUUGUUAGCACUGUGGAACAGCAGCUACAUGAGAACGACUACAUUAUCAACUUUGGCAGACUUGAACAUGAGCUCUCUAUGGCUGAUAAUGUGGGUCGGGGUACACUUGACCUUCGUACAAUAAUGGAUGUCUGCUAUCAGCUGAAUAUUCCUCUUCAGAGUUCAGUGUUAAAUCGCGUUUUAUCAAGAUGUCGACUCAAUAGUUAUGAGGAUGCAUACAAUUGGAAGGCAUUCAUAGAGUUUCUGCAAAAAGCCCAGCCAGGCAGAAAACCAGAACCAGUAUACCUGCAUCCAAAUCCACCUGUGCAUCAACCAAUACAGCAGCACCAACACCGUUCACCUCCCAAUUCCAGGCCUGUUACACCACUGUGGAGACGAGAUGGUGCUCCACCUGACCCCAGAAGACCUCUGAAUGGUUACGAUGGAGAUGAGAGGGAUGGAGUUAUCUCUCGUAUGGAUCAGGACAUUAGGCAGCUGGAACGAAACUAUGAGGAAAUGAGAGAAAGAUUGCGACCUAAAAAUGAUACACCUUGGUUCAAGAACUUCAUGGAAUUUGCAAAUGCUUUAUAUAAACUAACUAAAGAACAGAGAUGGGAUGGAGAUUUGCCUGCAGAUGAAGUUUAUAAAUGGACAAAAAUGUACAAUGAAACCUGCAAUCUUGGCUUCCCUGAAUACACCAUCUCCAAAGCACUCAGUGAUUCAAGCAAGAGCGGGAAGGUCAACAUACAUUCAUACCUUACAAAACUGGGGAAUGUGCACACCAGUGACAAGAUUUAGAAGAUGCAGGAUUGUGAACAAACCCUAGAAUACAUUUAUCAACUGUUAGAGCUGUUCUGUGUUUUCUAUAUCAUUAAGUCAAAACUAAUACAAAGACUGCCAGCCAUAAAUUUACAUCAUGAAGGAAAUAUGUUGAGGUAUAGUCAUGCCCCAAAAUUGUGUGACCUUUUGGAAAAUGUUCUUUUUCUUAACAAGAGAAAAUAAUUUUCAUUUAAAAGGUAGUAUAUGCUAUCUUCUGUCAAAUUAUUGCAUGCACAAGAUCUGACAAUUUUCAAAACACUCCAGCUACUGUUACGAAGACCAAAAGUCAAUAACUAAAAUAUAUAAAUAAAUAAAUUGUAUCAAGUAAAUUGUGCUAAUGUUGAAGUUUGUGUAAAAGAAAGAGUUUCUUGAAAUAUGUUUCUCAGAAACUGCUAACCCAUUUUGAUUCAAUUUUGUGUGAACAACUUUUAUUAAAAACAGUUAUCAAAUAUUUAAACCUUACUUAUAGAGAUUCUAUGGCAGUUGAUUUUACAGACAAAUACUAUAGUGUUCAAGCAUAGAAAUUGAAUCUUUUAUUUGUAGUUUCAUUUAAAUAUUUGCAUGUGUAUAUAAUAUAUGGGUAUGUUUGUGUCACUUGGGAGGUAUGCAUGCUUGAGAGGUUUAAGCUUUUGUCACUGAUUGCAAAUAUUUAAAGUCUCUCAGAAACUCAGGAAAUUGUAGCAGAAAAGAAAAGAAAAAGAGAAAGCAUUCAAAUGUUGAAACAUUGAUGUUUUAUAAUUCUUAUAUUAUGGACAAAUUUGUUUUUUUUAUUUUAUUAUUAUUGUACACACAUUUUUACAGAAAAAGGUUUGCUUAAUUUUUCUCUGUGAUAGUCAUGCUUUAUUGCAGUGUAUUUAGAAAAUGGCAUGACACAACGAGACAAAUGCUAUACAUGUAUCUGCCUCUUAUGUUCUUUGAUCUGUGAAUCUGUCAAAAAAAUCUAAAUGAAUGUUAUCGUAUUGUCAUCUGUGAUCUGCUUAAAUUAUGAUGACAAUCACUAUGAGAAUACAGGAAUAUGCAUUUAAAAUGCAUUAUCAUCCUUUUUAAAGUUGAUUUAAUUCACCAGUAAUCAUACAUUCCUAUUCUUUAUACAUCAGGUUCAAGUACACAUCAGAUGUUAAGAUAAAGUAGCUUAUUUUUAGUCAAUGCUACAAUCCUAAACUCAGGAAUCUGUACUUUGUCUUUUGCUGUAAUUGAUGAUAAGUUUUUAGAUUACUUUGUUUUCUUGUAUCACAGAUAGGGCUUCUAUAAGUAAUCUGCUGCUGUCAUGACAGUUGUGAUUUGGUCAUCACUCCCAAUCUUAAUUAUUAUUAGCCUGUGUAUAUAUAGCUGUAUAUAUAAAGGCUGUAUAUAUAAAGCCCAAUCAAAAACUCUUCCCUGCCCCACUCCCCCACAAAUUAAAAAAACCCAGCACUUUAUACUUUAAAGUGUCACCUAGUUGGAAUUUGAUACAAAGCAUCCAUAAUGUCACAGUUUAACAUUUCAAUAAAUGUACGCACACUUCUUCCUUAGGAACGGAAAAACAUGUUACCAAGAUAAUGAUAUCCUGCAUAAAGCACUGAUUGUAGUUUGUCAAAUACAUGUGCUAUAUGUAUUUAUCAUUAGAAAUGGUUUACUUUGUGAAAAGUUUAUUUACAUUCCAUUAAUUUUUUUUUUUUUUUUUGUACUUUCUGACAGGAUACUUUUACCUUGAAUAUGCUCCAGGUUGAUCUGAGGUUCCACUCCCUACAAAUCUCAAACAGAUUUUUAAAAAAAAAGAAAACAAAAUAUUUUAAUGUGGUACACUUGCUUUAUUUUGUUAUUGCUGUAAAGCCAAUAAAUACUCUGCAAUAAGGUCACCUGAUCCAAGCAAACCUUGAUCAGGCACCCUCAGCUCUGAAACUAAGGCUACAAGACAAGCCCACAUACCAAAGCCUCCUCCAGGCACAUGUUAGAACAUUUAAUUACCUGCUCAUUUCCAAACACUGGUAAUGUUACAUUUUACAGAAUUUCCUUAUGUGAAAAACUGCAAAGGUUACAAAUCCUACAUUUCCUAACAGGACCAGAUUCCUCGCAAAAUAACAUUUUUUCUGUAGAGUUAACAUUGGAUUUUCUUUUUGCAAAAUGAAAUUUGCUUUUUCUCUUUCCAUUUUUUUGUAUCAGUUAUAUUUCUAUUUAUUACUGUCUGUCAACAGCUAUGACCAGGUCAGUAUGUGGUUUUUACAAUUAGUUUAGUCCUUGUUACUUCACGAAGAGCAUAGGGCCGAAUGGGUUUUUACAAUAGCAACCCCAAAAAAUAAAAUAUACAUUUCUGCUGGCAAUUCUCUACAUCACAUUAGACACAGAUGUAAACUGAAUUCAUUAGAAAGUACUUUGAUUAUCUUUUCCACUCACUUCUACAUCAAUUAGAAUAGUUGGAUUAUUUCUUAAAUUAAAAGAAUAUAAAUAUCUGGGGAAUUUAUACUGAAUGGUGUUUAUAAUUCUUACAGAUUUAAUGUCACCAUCAAAGCUCUUUUCAAUAAUGUCCAUGUUUUGUGGUUUUACUCAUUGUCUAUAAUAAGGGAGGAAUUUGUCUCAUUUAUAUCAAGGAAUUUAAAUAUGAAUUUUUUUAUGAUUACCAUGUACUUUUUAAUAAUGGUUUAUUUAUUUAUUUUGGAUCAGAUGUGUUUGUAUGAUGCUUAAAUAUAUUUUCAUUCAAUCUAAAAUAAGGUCUGAUGUGCUGCCAGAUGUAAAUAUUGCUGUUGUUCGAUUCACUGGAUAACAUUAUGACAAUAAACUAUACUGAAAAUA